UAAACUGACAGUGGAUGUGAAGACGUAAGGGUGUAUCUUCUUUUCUAGUAAAAUAUUGAUCUCUCCUGCUUGAAUCAAACAGGUUCUUGUACAACGUAGUGUAGUCAUGGGAAGAGCAAACCAAUUUUCACUGUUAAUGUGGAAAAAUUUCAUCCUUCUUAAGAGAGCCCCAGUGCGAACUUUUCGUCAGAUUGCAAUACCUCUCUUUUCCAUAGCCAUCCUAGUCUUUCUGCGAGCUUUCAAGAUAAAGAAUGAGUACAAACCAAAUGUCACGUACCCUGCCUUUGAGGUGAAUAAACUUCCAUCAGAUGUGUCGAAACUCAAUCGAAUUGCGUUUGCACCUAACACUAGUGAUGUACAACAAGUUAUGGACAGGGUGGUGAAGCAGCUUGGAUUUACACAUGCUGAGCCCUUUAAAAGUGAAGAGGAUAUGGUUAGUUCUUUAGUCAGUUUACAAGGCAAUGAAAAAACAUUCCUCGGAGGAAUUGCCUUCAAUACAAGUCUGGACAGUAAUAAUAUUAUAUACAAGAUCAGACUGAGCUCAAAGACUGAUAUAAAGCAAAAUGGUAGCAAGGAAGAAAGGCAAGGGUUUGGUACAAGUCCUUCUACAACCUGGAAUACUCAGUUUACAUUUCCAGUUUUACAAGAUCAAGGACCAAGGAACAAAAAUGCCUCCCACGGUGGCCCUCCAUUUUAUUUUGAAGCUGGAUUUUUGGCAAUUCAGCAUGCAGUGAAUGUUGCUAUCAUGAAGUACCGGUACAAAGGGAAGACUGAUAUGCUGAAUACAACAGUGUCAGUGAAGCGGUUUCCAUAUCCUGAUUACACUCAUGACAAUUUUGUUCAAGUGAUACAAACUAGCCUUCCUCUUCUUUUGACGUUAUCACUUAUUUUCAUUGUCUGGACCAUAGUCUGCGAUGUUGUCUAUGAAAAAGAGAAAAAAUUAAAGGUAAGGAAAUUCAAUUUCUAUUUUUAUUGAUCAUUGUUAAUAACAUAUGACGGCUCUUCAUCCAUGGCCCUGAGCAGUAGUUGCUCUCAGAUUUAACAGUCACGUAGAAAAUGUAAAUUUCCAGUGGAAUAUAAUCUAUGCAUGACCAAUGCAUUCAGCAUCCUCCAUUGGAACACUUUUCUACCCCUCAUACAACAUAAUUAGCAUUUUUUUUCAAGUCUCUUGCAAACAGAAAACAAAAACCUCCAGUGGAAUCUAUUCAUGUUCAAUGGAUUCCAUACAAUAAGGUAACAAAGGUAAGACUUUUUACCUUUUCACCACUACACGCAAAGUUUCUUGUCAAGGAAAGUGAUAUAACAAUGGCAAGGAAUCCAGACCUAACAUGUAAUCUGCCACAUUUAUACUAACGCUGGCUGCCAAGGUUAAGAAAUUUGAGUGUUGUAAAUAAUAAAAAAGGAACAGGUAUUGAUAAAAAUGGAGGAUCUAAUUUGCUGAUGUGCUGGUGUGCAGGCUUGACUUGAUCCUGUAACUCAAUCAAACCCUGUGCCAAUCGAUCCUAACACCUCUAGUUGGACCUGCACCUGCUCCCAGCAAAUAACUAUAUUAACCCAAGGGUUGUCCAAUACUGAAAAACUAGACUCUAGAUGUAUCCCAGCACGCAAAGAAAGUAGUGUCCGAUAGCCUGGAGCUAGUGGAUUUUGCUAUUGGGCUAGUGAAUUCUGUUAUUAACUUGCCCGAUAGGCAAAUGAAUUUUUCGAGGAAUUCAAAUUACAGAAGAACUGUGAAAUCAAUCUGCUCAUCAAAACGUUUUUUGGGCUAGUUGAAAUGAUAUUUGGGCUAGUAAAUGUUGGCUUUAGCUUGCCCGAAUGGCAAGCUGUAAAAAUGACUUUCUUUGCACCAGUAUCCCCUUGCUUUCCUUUGGAAAACCAGUAUUCACAACGUCUCUCUUUACUUGAUCCAGUUGUAUAAAUGGAUAGUAGUCUGGAAACAUUGCUUGUUGGGUUAACCCUAAGUUGGACUAUAUAUAGAAUCCUAUCCAAGGGGAAUUGGUGCAGUAAUUCUUGCUUUUAUAGACAAUGAGUUUAGCCAGCCCCAGCUACAUGCACCUUGACAUCUCCCUUUUACAUUAUAUUCAUUGAUAGAUUUGAUCAAUUUUAAAACAGGUAUUGAUUUUACCUAAUUUGACAGGAAUCCAUGAAGAUGAUGGGACUGAGUGGCUGGUUACAUUGGCUUGCAUGGUUCACAAAAUAUUUCUUGUUGCUCCUUAUCAUUAUGGCUUUUGCAACCCUUUUCUUUACUGUAAAAUUCAACUCCAAUGGCCGUGUCCUGAACAAAACUUCUCCAACUGUUCUGUUUGUUUUCCUUAUGCUCUAUGCAGUCUCUUCCAUUAUGUUCGGCUUCUGUGUUAGUGUAUUCUUCUCCAAGGCAAACGUUGCUGCAGCUGCUGGAGGGAUCAUCUGGUUCUGCAAUUACAUCCCAUACUUUUUUGUGGCACAGUACUAUGACACAAUGAGCGUAGGCGCCAAGGCUGCAUCGUGCCUUCUCUCCAAUGUCGCAAUGUCAAUGGGAGCUCAGCUGAUUGGCAAAUUUGAAGGAGCUGGCAUCGGAUCUCAGUGGUCAAAUCUUAACCAUGGACCUUCUAUCUAUGAUGAUUUUACUCUUGGUCUUGUCAUGAUCAUGUUUGUGGUAGAUUCCUUGAUCUAUGGUCUUAUCGCUUGGUGCGUUGAGGCUGUUUUUCCUGGAGACUUUAGUGUUCCACAGCCGUGGUACUUUCCCAUUUUACCUAGUUACUGGUGUGGUAAAGGCAAAGAGGUAAGGUUGAGGUUUUAGAAAGCUUGGUGUCUACAAUCAUUAAACUACUUAGAUAAUCUAAGGGAUGUAGGAGGGGGGAUGGGGGUAGUGAUCAUGAAUGUUUGAAAACCAAGUAGCGCUGGUGACUGGUUGUUUUGCCUAUGAGUCAUUUUGCUGAUGUCCGCUUCGCUGUGGUCUUCAUUUGUUCCGCUUAAGAAACUGAACCAGUGAUGCAGAUGUAUAUACUUCCUUCUUUAAGCCAUGACACCAAAAAGUGUGACACCAAUGCAUACAUACCUGGUUUGCUCUUUAAGCCACUGAUUACUCAUCAGGCAAAAGACCUUAGGGAACUGAUCUAAUGUGUUAGUGAAUUGACUAAUGAGGUGAGCUAGCAGGAUUUGGCGAAAUGACAAGGAGUGCGACAAUAAAUCAUAAGGUCAUGGUUAGCACAUACUUUUCCUCUAUCAGCCAUAACACUUUACAUCUGUCUUGCCCCCAUUAUAAACUCCUGCUCCACUGCUGCUCUUUUCAUCGUCUUUAGAUGAUAGCAUUAUUACUAUUCUUAGACUUGUACUGCUGAUUGCACAUGGCCAACCAUACCCUAAAAGUUACUCACGCCUUUAUGUUGCUUUUAAUUAAUCUUUUAAAUUUCUACUUAUUUUUUAUAGGUGGAGAUAAAAGAGUUCUAUGACUUAGAAAAUGGCUCCAGCCAAACUGGGAUGUCAGCACCAGAAUUCUUAGAAAAGGAACCAGUGGGUUUGGUGCCUGGGAUUGAAAUUAAAAACCUCAAGAAAGUGUUUUCUACUGAAAAAGGUUUGACUUGAGUUAGUUAUUUCUUCAUAUAUCAGGGCUCUGCUCUAAAAUCACCUUGAGGCGACCUAGAGACCCAGGCACCUUCAUUUGGCACUGAUUGGGUGCAGACUAGGAUAUAUCUUUGACGAUUUAACUUAAGAAUCAUAUGCUGGGCACCCUGGAUUUCACAGGCUCAGCGCACUCUACAACUAUUAUUUUUCUUAGAGAACAGCUUUUCACAUACAUGUUAUCAUUAUUAGAUAAACGUGUCUCUGCUAUUUUAUGUGAGGCAACACUAACUUGUGUGUAAGUUGUUUGAAGACAAUUGAAUACAGACAGGGCAAGCAAAAACUUAAUGCCAUCAUGUAUAUACACCAAGUUGCCAGGAGUUGCCAAAGUUUUAUCAUAAGGUUACAGUGUAAAGAAAUCCAGAUUGUAAUCUUCAUAAGCAGUGGCCGAUCUAGGAGAAUGGUCCCCACCAACCAAGCCCGAGAGAAAGUAUUUUUUAAGAGGGGUUACAAAAAACUACUGUUAUCUCAGGGUAUUGACGAGUGGACCCAAUUAUCUGAAGUCCUGGAUUUACAAGUCAUAAGUUACAUAAUCAAAUUAUGAUAACUAACUUUCCUUGUUUGAUUUCAAAAAUCCUGUUUUCAUUUCAAUCUUUCCAAUGUGUGCUUUUUAACUUUAUUUUAUUUUUUCUUAUUACGUAGGAAAGAAAGUUGCGGUUAAUGGAGUAUCACUGAACAUGUAUGAAGGCCAGAUAACUGCUCUACUGGGGCAAAAUGGAGCCGGGAAAACAACUCUUAUGUCCAUGCUGACAGGGUUGUUACCUGCUUCAUCCGGCUCAGCUCUUGUUAAUGGCUGUUCCAUUAGAGAAAACAUUCGUGGAGUGCGCAGCAGCUUAGGUAAGUUACGUGUACAUGGUUGACUUCUAAUCAAGAGAGGUUCUGAACUGCUAUGAUAGUAUUGAAAACAUAGAAUCAAAGCUAUUUUUGUUAUUUGUGAGAUGGUAGUAGGCUCGAUUUCUGCCACUCUCUCGUCAGUCAUCAUCAUCAUCAAUCAUCAGAAUCAUUAUCACCACCAUUGUCACCACUAAAAUCACCAGCAUGACCAGCAAUGUUUGGUUUUUUGUAAAUCCCGAAUAAAAUAAACUUGUUGCUAAUCAGAAAAUUUUUGUACAGGCCUUUGUCCUCAACAUAAUGUGUUGUAUGACCAUCUGACUGUUGAGGAACAUCUGUGGUUCUUUGCUAAGUUAAAGAACUGUCCAUCCCAUCGUGUACGGCAGGAGGUCAACAGAAUGAUUGAAUGCAUUGGACUUGCUGACAAGCGACAUACACAGACCCGUGCACUGUCUGGUGGCAUGAAAAGAAAACUGUCUGUUGGAAUAGCACUUAUUUCAGAUUCCAAGGUUAGCAUGGUUAUGUCAUCUUUCAUCCCUACAUGAAAAUUUCACCUCUAGAAAAUUAUUUAUUUGUGUAUUGAAAAUAACCUGUAUAAUCAAAGACCCUCCGAAAUACUUAAAUGAUAGAUUUACUUACGCUUUCGCAUACUUAAACUUAUGAAUUCCGUACCUUUUCAUAUACUUGAAGCCUGAAAAAGGAGCUUCCCGUCUAGGGAGUGCCCCCCCCCACACACACACACACACACACACGGGGAGAAGCAGCGCCGUAUUCAUUAGCCGCCAUGACCUUGCAAGCUUCUGCUAGUUACCUGUAGUUUAAACAAACAGCGAUGAUGAUGAUGAUGAUGAUGAUGCCAUUGAGUCUUAUUUAUUAACAGGUUGUAAUGCUGGAUGAGCCAACAUCUGGCAUGGACCCCUCAGCACGCAGAUUCACCUGGGAUUUGCUACAGCAGCAAAAGCAAGGAAGAACUAUACUUCUUACCACGCACUUCACGGACGAAGCUGAUAUUCUUGGUGGCAGGAUCGCCAUUAUGGCAGAAGGAAAUAUCAAAUGCUGUGGAUCUUCCUUCUUCCUUAAGAACAAGUACGGAGUGGGCUAUCACAUGGUUAUGGUAAAGGAGCCCCAUUGUGACGUAUCCAAGAUUUUAUCUGUGGUGAGCGGUCAUGUGCCUACAGCAAUGUUGGAGAGUAAUGUUGGUGAGUCCGUCUGAAAUUACCACUCUCUUACCACUUGUGAUAUCGUCAACGACGACGCCGACGGCAGUGAAAACAUCGCUAAAAAUGAAUUUACGUCCUUUCAAACUUAUUCGCGUCGUUUUGGACCCGCUCUAUUUGUCAAAUGAAGGCCAUUUUUCCUGGAGUCAAACUCUUGAGGACUUAAAUAUCCAGGUUCAAAAAGAGAAAGGAAAAAUUCGUCCACGUAUGUUCACGUCCUCCAUAAAACCAUAGUUAAACGUUGGCAUUAGGAGGUUUCUUGUCGUGUCAAGGAAAUGUACCAAAAAGCGUGAUGCACGUGCAGAGCAGUUGUUUUGCUCAUAAAACCAAUUCUUUUGGACGUUGUCGUUGUCGUCGUCGUCGUGGUAUCUACUCUACAUGUAUCUCUACAUGUAUGUGUUUUUCAAGUUAACCCUUUUAAUUUCUAGGCCAUGUUGUGGUGAGAUUAUUUAUCACUUACCGUAAAAUUCCGAAAAUAAGCCCCAGGGCUUAUAUUUUUCAAAGGCCCUUUUUGAGGGGCUUAUUUUUGGAGAGGCUUAUCUACGGAGGGAAAUUUGCGUUUCAAAAUCGAUUGGGAUAGCCUUAUAGUUGGAAGUAAAUUUACCGUUUUUGCUUUGUUUUACUUUGUAUUUGAGGGCAAUUUCCAAGUACAAGCCCCCGGGGGGCUUAUAUUUGGAGGGGCGAUUUAACGGAGGGUUUUUUUCGUCACGAGUUUGGAGGACUUAUACAUGGAGGGGCUUAUUUUCGGAAUUUUACUGUAACCUUUUAAUCUUAGGACGAAAUCCUAUCGUGUUACCAUUCAAAUUAAACCUUUUUGGCAGAACGUUUGCAUAGUACGAUUUAUUUCGUAGGAUUUUACAAAAAGAAAUUUGAAUUACCGGUAUUUUGUAAUUUUUUUCCCUGGCUAGCAUGAUUAGAAGUAAAGGGUUGAACGUGGUAGAACACUCACGCUCAUAUUACAAACCAUACAAACCUGCCAGCGACAAGAAGCAAAAGAGAACAGUGCACGUAAUUCUUACAAUUUGUGUUCUUGUUCUUUGAGCAGGUGCUGAGCUAUCAUUUGUUGUGCCAAGUGAAGCUACAGAUAAGUUCGAGGGGCUUUUCUUGGAGCUGGAAAAUCGCCGGCAGGAGCUUGGCAUCGCUAGUUACGGUGCUUCAGUUACUACAUUGGAAGAAGUGUUUUUCAAGGUUCUCAGCACACUCAGCGAUAAACUACAAAAAAGGGAUCAAGAAGGUUGGUUAUGAUUAUGAUAGAGAAAAUAUGUCUUUUGUUUUCUUUUUAAAGGCUGGGGCUAUGUUACGCUAUUUGCUAUCUUUUCAAAAAGAUAAAAUGUGUCGUUACAUCAAUAGAAUUCCAGAAAUAAUGGUACAGUUGUGUUAUUUAAAAACUAUACUUGGGCAUUGAAACUGUCUCCUGUCGUCUGUUGCUACGGAUGGCAGGAUGGACAUGGGCCACCCACGAAGAAGGUGACUCGCAGGAGAAGAAAGAAAAUGAGAGAGUACUGGACUAAGCUUAUGUGUUUGACCCUUCAUGGUCGUUUGAUUUCUUCCCGGGGGGGUACUUCCGCGAAUUUUGGAUAGGGGUGUGCCGCGAAGGUUCGUAAACCUAACCUUAUUUAAGGACUAAGAAAGCGAAAACUGAUACCCUUUUUAAGGCCGAAAGCCGAAAAAUGACACCCUAUUCAAGGAAAAAAACAAAAUUAUUAAUAGCAUGAAAAGGAAACCUUUAUUAUUUGGUGAGUAAGCUUCAUGAAGGUACCUACUGUGAUACUUCGUUUGAUUCCUCAGAGACUUCCUCAAUAAAUAGAAUGCAAGUGAAUGGAAAAAUCCCAAAUGGGACAGAACGAUCGGUGUUUUCACGACUGGGAACAUUCGGAGCAGCGUCUGGUGGCUAUGGCACUUUUAGCGACUACGAUAACUACACCCACUCUUCUGGGUUUCGUCUGUUUCGUCAGCGGUGGUACGCAAUGUUUGUUAAGCGCCUACUUCACUCCAAACGUCACAAGCUGUCCCUUAUUUCACAGCUUCUCCUUCCACUGGUGUUUACGCUUAUUGCACUCAUUAAUGCCAAGAAUUUUCCUCAACCCACUGACUCACCGCCUCUUGAUCUGACUACACAUAACUACCAGAACAACUUCGUUCUUUGGGCUUCAGACGGGUAAGUGUUGGCUUCUGAAGUAUUCUAGUCUCCUGACUUCGUAGCCGUUCUUUGUAGGGAGGAGCGUUGCGUGACGACACUGCGGCUACUUUCGGCUGGCGAGAUGCGACGACCGGAAAUACGUCUGCGUCCGCAGGCUACUGCGUAUAAGACUAGAACUAUCCGCAGUUAGAGCACGAUGAUUUGAAGGGGGGUGGGGGGGUAUGGUGACGUGGGGUUAUCGUGGCAUGGGUGGGAAGGGGAAUGAUGUGUGAAAAAGCGAGUUUGACAAAUGGAUGGAAAGUACAGAGAAAAAUAGGAAUUUCAUUUCCGUUCACUCUUAGGUCUCCAUGAGCCGAAGAAAGCAAAGUUAUCGAAAAAGGUCUAGUUUAGAUUUUGUUCCGAGCGUGUCCCGUAGUUUCUUGAUGGGAAGUCUAUACUUUUGUAGUAAGUUGGAAGAGGCGUCAGUUCAUACAAAAGCCAAGAGCGAAACGAAAAACAAAACUUGCUUGUAUAACUAAAUUUUCUUCUAUACCUUUUCCCUAAAAGAGCAAAGUCGCUCUGGAAGGAGAUAUCUCUUGUUACAAGCAAAUAGAAAGUGUGUUUAGUUACUGAUUGUUCGCUGAUCUUCUCCUCAAACAAAUGUAAAUACACAACACCGAAAUUGACAUUUUAGAUCUCGCUGAGCUCAGGAGCUUGAUCUGUUAGGUGUGAAGUCAUAUCAUAGUUGUUUUUUUGUUUUCCAAAUAUAGUUCUUCAGAGACAAACUUGUUAGCCGAAAAUUUCCGAACUCAGUGGCCUGGUGGCGAUACAAAGCCUGUUCAAGUGACCGGUGAUAUGGAAAAGUACUUAACGACCAAAGCCACGAAAGAUGGACUUGGAGGCUUUAACAAGCAUGAUUUGAUUGCUGCUACUUUUGCAAAGGAAAAUGGGACAGGUAGGAUUUUUUCUUGGGAGUUAUCCAACUCAAGUCAUAUUUCUAGAAAGUUCAAAAACACGGACCCAUAUCUUUCGACAAAAGAAAUCAAAACCAGACCACUGCAAAGUACCUAUCCAGUUCUGUAGUAAAGGGAACCAGACUUCGUCACACUGACAACUGUAUUUAUGCAUGCUUUCUCUGAGCAAAUGGUGAAACCAUUAAAAAAAUAUGAAAAGACAAUGAAAGGAGCUCCAAUUCAUUAUUUGAACCCCACAGAAUUGUCUUGAAUUUGAAGGAAACCUCAACGCCAGAUGGGCAUCUGCAAUAUCACCGGCUCGAAUUCCAUCGGAGAGUUAUGGCGAUUUUUUUCUGUGAACCUUGGUGGUGACGUUAAGAGUUAUAUUUUUUCUUUAUUUUUCAAAAACGUUUGAGCACCUAAUAAAGAACGUAGACCAGCGGCUGGCCAUGUUGGCACUAAGGGAGGGGUGGGUUGGUCAGAUAGCCCAUUGCCUUGGAAGGUUUCCUGAUCUUUGUUCAUUUCACUUUGUUUCUCAGUUAAUGUUACGGCGUGGUUCAACAACCAAGCUUACCAUGCUAUCGCCGUGUCACUUGCGGCUGCCGACGGUGGUAUACUGCGGUCUGUCCUGGGAAAAAACGUCUCCAUGACAACUGUAAACCACCCGUUGCCAAGUACAGCUCAAGAAUCCAUCAACGAUUUACAGCGGUAAUGCUAACCAACACAUUAAACCCGUCUAGAUUCUUCUAUAACACAGUCUGUGAACUCUUCUUUCCUCUCUUUUUUCUUUCCUGUUUAUUCUUUGAUUCACCCGUCCUUUUCCAAUUGUAAAAUUUUUUAAACUUGGCCUCUUGACAUCGUGGUUAACUGCUUAUGUGAAAGUAGAGUUGCAGUGCAUGCAGACACGAGGCACCAAAGACUGUAGAAAAAGUUUGUUCUUUUGUCUUAGUCCACUUUCGGGUAAAACUCUACCCAGGUUAUCAACCUUAACGGGAAGCUGCAGGCCGAACACAUCUUCAGCCAAAGGCCGCAGCCACAAAUGGCCAAGAGGCGAGAAAAAAGUAGGUCACUGUAUAGACUUGACCGAAACGGGAAAUCGCACAUGAAAACUUCUCUGGUAUGUAGGUUAGUGAAUUUCCCCGCUCAUUUGAUUGUAAUAAUUUCAUUAUUUUUAUCGUUAUAAUUAUUCCAUUUACUGCAGUAAUAUACUCGGCUGCCAGAUCUCCUCCAAUGUGUUAGUUGGCAUGGCUUUUCUGGCCUCCAGCUUUGUAGUGUUUCUUGUUCAAGAACGAGCAAACAAAGCGAAACAUGUGCAGUUUGUCAGCGGUGUUGACCCAUUUAGCUACUGGGAUUCUGCCUAUACCUGGGACCUUAUCAAUUUUCUGCUCCCGUCCCUGUCGAUUUUGAUCCUUGUAGCAGCUUUUGACGUGCCACCCUACACUGGUAAGUAAAUUAUUUAUUUUGAAAAGCCUACAAGGCAAUUGCGAGGCUUAAAGCUCUCACAUUUCCAUCAUUAAUCGUCCAUAGAAAUAUUUUCUGUGCUGAGACGUGAACUUCGAAAUGGAUAUGGCAUGUUAUAAUGCCGGAAAACUGGUUUUAACUGGAGCUGGGAACUCAUACUACUGGGACUAUGCCUAAGUGUUCGCUAACGCGAAAUACGUUUGCAUUUACCAUUCUUUUUGCAGGGUAGGGGGCGAAGUCAAUAGGCACGAAUUUAUGCUAUUUUAUGUGUCUUUUCAUUUUCAAACUGCGGCAGGAUUAGCGCUUGACUAUAGAGCGGGAGGUCGCGGGCUCGAUUCCAAGGGGUUGACCAAUACCCAGGGCUCUUAAAACAUAUACAUGCAUUGACACUCAAAUAAGUGUUUGUUUUUUUUUUUUUUUAUCUAAUCAACCAUACAGUGCGUCAGUUUGUAAUUUGAAUCAAAGUUUUUUUCUUUUCUUUUAGGUCCCCGCUUAGGUUACUUGUUCAUGUUACUGAUGUUGUAUGGCUGGGCCAUCAUUCCUCUCAUGUAUCUCUUCUCCUUCGUUUUCCGCAACGCCUCCACUGCCAAUGUGGUUCUAACAACGUUCAACGUUAUUACUGGCCAGGCUUGUCUACUGACUGUAUUUGAUCUAAGCAUUCCAGGUAACUUGUCUUUUUUAAAAAUCUUCCUUGUCAAUGAGAGCCUUAAGACUUAGGACAAAUUCAGACCAAAACGGUGGAAAUUGAUAUGAUGGUCGGAGGUUUUAGCUCGUAGUGCCGUGGAGUGUUAGGCCAUGUUAAAGUUUGUUUCCUUUGGACCUACCCGAACUUGUCUGACCCGGCGUGGAUGUGUAAAAUAGCGCCGGGAAGAUAAGCAAGGCGUUAUGGUCACGCUACGGAAGUCGUCCGCCACGCCGAUCGCGGAGCGGUGUUCCCCCCUUUACGCCAUGUUUUGUUGUCAUGGUUUUAUUAGACUUAAAUUUAAAGCCAAGCCAAAGGAAAUGCAACAUUAAAACCUCACCUCCUUUAACAUAUUGUUGUUGUUGUUCUUUAUUUAUUCAACCCUAGAACUUGAUCUCCUGGACGUACCAAACGCUCUGAAAUGGGCCUUCCUUGUUCUGCCGAACUACUGCCUGGGUCAAGGCCUAUUUGAUAUAUUUGAUAACUACAAUGCUCUGGAUUUCUUUAACAAGGCUCUUGACAGGUGUCUUCAUACCAAAUUGCCCUUCUUUCACCCUACUAAAGCUGAGUGCGAAAAGCUCAUUCGAGAAUAUGGCGGCAGUCAGUUGGAGUUUCAAGAGAACUACCUAUCUUGGGACAACCCUGGUAUUGGACGCUACCUGGUAUUCCUGGCCUUAGAAGGGAUCGUUUUCUACGCCCUUGUUCUAUUAAUUGAGUAUGGGGUUUUCAACCGAUUGACGGGAAUCUUCAGGUGUAGUUUUUCCACGGUUGGGCUGAGGGGCGAAGAGUCUUCAGUGGCCGAUGAUGACGAUGUUUUAGAGGAAAAAAGAAGGGUGAUGUCAUCAGAGAACAUGGACGACGUGCUUGCUAUUAAGGAGUUAACUAAGGUGUUCUCAGGAAAUGGAUGUGAGUACAAUUCGCGGGUUUUUGUAUCUUACGUACGUCCUGUCUAGGCAUAAUUCAGUAACAGGAAAAUCGACAAAAUUGACGUAGUGGUUUAUGCCUGCGAUGAUCUUGUCCCAAGAUCUCCUCAGAAAACCGUUAAAGACAUAAGACAAGAAUUCUUUCAAAAACAUAUUUAUUUCACCAAGCUUUUUCUUAAUUUAUAAUGAGAUUUCUAUUUAAUUUUCAUACUUAUAUGUAGUUGUUAGAUUUUUUUAGAGUUUUAAUACAUUUUUCUAAAGCGCCUAGCCAGUUAAUGAUAUAGACGCUAUAAAAAUAAAGCUUAUUAUUUAUUAUUAUUAUUAUUAUUAUUAUCCUCGAGUAAUGAACGAUGAACACAAAGGGUUUUGAAUUCUGAUUCUACUCUACUUAAUAUCUGCCAGACAAUGAAAUGAGGAAAUCGAUCCUUUAGACCUUUUUACCGAUACGGCGGCCGUAUUGAAUUAAUUCGAUUUAAGGAGUAUUAUAGGAUGCCCAGGGGGCAUGAGUACAUUUCGUUUGUAUUUUCGAGCGCUUUUCGGGACAUUUUUUCUUAAACUUUUCUUAAUCUUAUAAGAUUCUAAUGGGAAAAAAGAUCCUUGUGCCGUGUUUGGAUGAAAUAAUGAUCGCCUUUUUCCAGAGAAAUAUACAGUGAAAGUCCAUAUUUUUAAUACUAAACUAGGUAAAGACGAUCAUUAUUUCAUCCAAACACGGCACAAGGAUCUUUUUUCCCACUAGAAUCUUAUUCUAAGAAAACUUUAAGAAAAAAUGCCUCGAAAAGCGCUCGAAAAUACAAACGAAAUGUGCUCAUGCCCCCUGGGCAUCCUAUAAUACUACUUAAAUCGAAUUAAUUCAAUAUGGUCGCUGCAUCUACGUGGAAAGACCGUAUAUCCUGAAGAACUUUACGGAGACCUUUCCUCAAUACCAAAACAUCCAUUUGAAUCGUAUGCUAGCUACUAGAUUACUUAGUACUAUAUAAUGGUAAUAGGACUGAGUGGAGUCCAGUUCGAUCUGUCAUCAUACAGCUGAUCAUGCGAGUGAUAAUCACAAAUAUGAUUUUGUUGGUUAUAGCAUUGGUAUUAUUUAAUGGUCGGGUAGCCUUGUUUGGAAACCAUCUUAGGUGAUCUCUAUUAUCGUGGAUAUAAUUAAUUGAGUAGAAACUAACUUAAAAAGUAAAUAAGCCACGUUUUUUUCCCCAGGUCGUUCGCCAUUGAUAGCGGUGGAUAGUCUGUGCCUCGGGGUUCCCAUGAGAGAAUGUUUUGGCCUUCUUGGUUUUGAUGGGGCCGGAAAAACAACAACGUUUCGCAUGUUAACUGGAGAUGAGACCAUGACAUCCGGGACUGCUGUGGUGGACGGGUUUGACAUCAGAGAGGAUAUGAACAGGGUGCGUUCAUUGAUUCUAGCCUCUCGAGGUUUUCUUAGUAUUUUCAGUACAUUCGACAUAACUGCACUCUAACUAAAGGAAAUGUAACAUGGGACAAUCCUCACUGCUCGACGAUUUUCAGCGUUGCAAUAUUGUUGCGACAUUGCUUGGAAUUGUUAAAACAUUGUUCGAAAAUUGUUGUCCUAAAAUCGCCGUUGCUAAUCGUCUGGCGUAACAUUGUUUAAAUCAAACAAACCAUAGAUCAGAUCAUAGAACAGGAUUCGCCUUGCUAUAACAACGUUUUUUGUUCAGUUCUCUGCCCUCCACCAAUCCCAACAUUCAGAGCCUCUUUGAUCAGAGCUGUUUUUCAUAUCCUUCUUUGAAAAGAACUUUUUGGCAAACUUUAACAUGACACAUGUGUUGCUUCUAGGCUCGCCAGCGCAUUGGCUAUUGUCCUCAGUUUGACGCUUUAAUAGAUCAGCUGACCGGAAGAGAGCUGCUGUAUAUGUAUGCUCGGCUACGAGGCGUACCGGAAGUUUUGAUAGCGGAUGUUGUUAAGGAACUUAUUCAAGCAUUGCUUCUUCAAGAUCAUGCGGAUAAGUUAACAAGUUCUUACAGGUAUUUCUGAUUUCGCCAUUAAUACGCAGUGAAACCUUGGGAUACCCUUGCCUUUUUCGGAACUUAGCUGUGUGUGUCUCAGCCUGUUUCAGGCGUUUAGAGAGUUAGGAGCGGCGCGACGAUAGCUACUUUGUGCCACUCCGAACAAUCCAAAGGCCUCAAUUUUCACCUCUGCAACCCAUUUACACGGAACCGUGCAAAUUCUCCUGCAGAUUGCAGUGAUGUUUGCGGUUGAAAACCUUGCACAGUUCCGCGGGUUCCGUGUAAACAAAAGGCGGAUCCUUGCAAGUUUUUGUCGUUCAAAAAUUUGUCCGGACUCCUGUAAACAGGGUAUGAGUUUGCCGUUUCGUCAACUUGCAACAAAGCAGUUCCUAAUUUUGAAAUUAAAACCGACCAAUGACAGCGAAGAAAAAUCCUGCAUAUGAAGAGAUAAACGAAUCAGAGCUUACAACAGAAAAAUGUAGCCGCCGCAAGGCGCGGGAAAACGCGGUUGGGAUUAUACUUCUGAUUGGCUGAUGUGUAAGUGGUGCAAAUUAUCUCAGCCAAUCAUAUUGUGCGAAAUCCUGAUUGUUUUUUAUGCAAUGACCUAUUUCUUGGCUUACAAUUGUCCGAGUUUUGCUUUAAUGUCAUCUUAGGAUACUUGUAGCCCGCGUUCGCUUUGUUCAUUGUUACACUACUGGAAAACUUGCGUGCGAAUCUUCCCAAUCCUAGCUACUCUGUGAACUAGAUGAUAUAUCUAUUGGUAUGUGUUUGAAUUUGGUGGCUUGUGAGUACCAUUCGCGUAAAACCCGUUUUCCUUUGCCACUUUCUGAUCUUAUGCUUAUUAAAACGCGGCAAACGUCGCCUUUGUGCAGAGCUCGUACUCAUCUCCCACAAAUGCUCGUUAAUGGGGUAAAAAGUAUCUUACCUCAAACAGUGGAGAAACACGGGGAUCGCACAAUUAAGCAGUCAAUCAGGUGCCAUUAUUCAACGAAAACAAAAAAAUUGGGGUUAGUAAUACUUCAGUUCAGCUUGUCUAUAAAUGCCUAUGUGAGGGACACGAAUUAAGUCAGGGUUAAAGGUAGCAUGUCGCAGGUUCCAAGAUGGUAGCGUAGUGCAGUCGUGCAGUAAAAAGUGAUGUGAAAUACGCGCAGGGGCUGGGGAGAGAGAUCCUUCCCUUCCCCAGAUCCCGCGCGUGCUAUUUUCCCUUUUCUUGUUUUGUAUGAGAGCCUGGUACAGGCUAGGUUAUGGGCUCCUCACUGAGUGAUAUUUUUAAACCUCUUCUCCCUAGUGGUGGAAACAAGCGGAAGUUGAGUACUGCCAUAUCGUUAGUAGGGGAUCCCCCUGUGGUGUUUUUGGAUGAGCCUACAACUGGCAUGGACCCGAUAGCGAGAAGACUAUUAUGGGAUGCACUAUCACGUGCUCGGGCUGAUGGACGAUGCAUAGUGAUUACGUCACAUAGGUGAGAAUGGUCCAUGCUGAAAAGAAAAUUGGGAUGCUUGGAAAGAAUGCUUUCAUAGUCUUGGUUUUUAAAGGUUAAAAUGUCGAAAAAAAGUUAUGUUAGUCAUUUGGGGAUGUUUGCAGAAAGCGUCGAGGAUUGAAAAAUAAAUUCAGUGCUUGUAAGCAUUUGAAGCAAAGCAAAGAAAAGUUGAAGACACUGGCAAAAGAUUUUUCUCUUCCCUUCGCAUUUUGUUUUUUUCGGUUCCCCUCAUUUCUUUCUUAUUAUUAGCGGUAAUGCUUACAAUCGUUUCUCCUUUAUUAUUCUUAGUAUGGAGGAAUGUGAAGCUCUGUGCACUCGGCUGGCAAUCAUGGUUAAUGGGCGAUUAAAAUGUCUGGGAAGUCCGCAGCAUCUUAAACACAAGUUUGGCGAGGGAUACACGCUUCUAGCUCGAGUAUCAAGCAACAAACCCGACACUGCACCACUGAAGCAGUUUAUAGAGAGCUCAUUCCCUGGAAGCGUUUUGAAAGACGAACAUCAAGGCAUUGUCCACUAUCACAUCCGCGAUACCAGCAUAACGUGGGCUCAGCUGUUUGGGGCAAUAGAGAGAGUCAAACUGAACUUCAAUAUUGAAGAUUACUCUGUUAGUCAGACAACCUUAGAGCAAGUAUUUGUGAACUUUGCUCGAGGGCAGAGAGAGGAGGACAAUUAAUGGAAUAUGAACUAUCAUAGUUAAGACUAUAGCCCUCGGGGGGAGGGGGAGCUACUGCGGUCAAUUGUUGCUGCAACCUCGUCGCCAAGGAGCUUUUCCCUAGCUUUGGAGGUGGGGCCCACCUCCAACGCUAGGGAAAAGCGUCCUUGGGACGAGGCUGUUUUUGCUGGGUAUGUGCUGCUGGCCUUUCAGAAUCCCUACCCCAUUAUAGUCUAUUGUGCGGCUAAUUAUAGUUCCCAUCUUUGUCACUUUUGGUCGAAUGUAAUUUUCUUUGCCACUUUCUGUGUAUGCAUCUACCUUAUAAAGCCUAGUAAGACAGUCAUCCUGACUUUCAAAUUCAUGUGUCAUGUGUCAAAUUCCUAGAUACAAAGAUUUUCUUAAUUUCAAACUCUCGAAAAUUUGCGACCCUAUGCAGCGGCACAUCCCCAUUAGCCAGCCUAUUACAAGGAAGUACCCUCCCCGGGACUAUAUUAGAUAGAUAACUGUUAACCAAUGAAACACUAGUUUAAAACAAUUUUUAUCCGCGCCAUAAGACAGCGCCUUCUGAACUGAGUUAUUUUUUAUAGAUAUUUUAAAUAUUAUUUUUUAAAGUCGAAUUAUUAUUAUAAAAAUUUGAAAAGAGAACA